AUGGGGCUAUUUUGCACUCUCAUCUUGGCACUGGGGGUGAGGCUGUCGUCGGCAACGCAACGACAUUACUAUAUCGCAGCAGUAGAGGUGGACUGGGAUUACGCACCGUCGGGACGGAACCUGGCAUCUAUCGACAACAAUUUGUCUCGAGAGAAAAUUGACCGUCGGACAGAUAGAAUAGGCAGCACCUAUAAAAAGGCAAUUUACCGGGGGUUUACAGACAAAACGUUCAAAAAACCUCUUCCAGUUCCUGAAUGGGCGGGGCUUCUUGGACCGGUCAUUAAGGCUGAGGUGGGAGAUGUUGUGUUUAUUCAUUUCCAAAACUGGGCUUCUGGAAGCAAUUUUAGUAUACACCCUCAUGGCUUCCUUUACAAUAAAGCUAAUGAAGGUGCACUUUACAUCGAUGGUACAAGCGGAAGUGCUAAAUAUGACGAUGCUGUGCCACCAGGUGGCAGUGUAACGUACGUCUGGAUUGCUGCCAAGAUUCACGCGCCUACUCCUCAAGAUGACAACUGUGUCGGAUGGGGCUAUCAUUCUCAUACACGGUCACCUAAAGACAUUAACACAGGCUUAGUUGGUAUAGCUGUAUUUUGUAGGAAAGGAAUUCUCGAUCAUUACGGAAAUCGUCUGGACGUCGACAAGGAACUAUAUCUGUACUCAGACAUUGCCAAUGAAAACAACAACUGGUAUUUCGACCAGAAUUUACGGAGAUGUGGCGAUCCAAGAGUCUGUUGGCGCCUGAAGGAGACAAAGGAUACUAAAUUUAGGGAGAGCAACACCAUGUACCACAUCAAUGGUUUCAUUUACGGCAAUUUACCGGAUUUUCCCGUUUGCGAAGGAGAAAGUGUCGUCUGGUACUUUAUGUCCUUGAACCUUGGAGUGCAUACAAUACAUGCGAACGGACAGACAAUGAUUAUAGAAAAGAAACGGACGGACACAGUAGCCUUGCAUCCUGCAAGUUUCUACUCCGGUUAUAUGACCCCUAUGAACCCUGGAAGAUGGCUUAUGUACUGCAGAAAUCAGUAUCAUUAUGCAGAGGGAAUGAGGGCAUUCCUGAAUGUAAAGCAAUGCCAGUCUCGCAAAACAUUAACUAAGUAUGUAUACAAAAAGGCGAUUAUACCACAGCGUACACGAACUUAUUAUCUUGCAAUAGAAGAAGUUCUCUGGGACUAUGCUCCAGGACUUAACGGGAAACAAAAUCCAGGGGCAGCUCAGUUCUUGCAGCGCGGAAGACACCGGAUUGGCUCAGUUUACAAGAAAGCAGUUUAUCGGCAAUACACUGAUAAAACUUUUACCAAGCCAAUACUACGUGGAAAACGAGAGAUGCAUUAUGGUCUUGCUGGCCCCCCAAUCAAAGCUGAAGUCGGAGAAAGAGUUCUCGUUGUAGUCAAGAACAGGGCAUCAAGGCCAUAUUCAUUUCUUGCCAAUGGUGUUUCUAUAACAAAGGAAAAUGAAGGGGCCUUCUACAAAAACAGUCGAUAUGGUAAAAAAAAAAAAUAUUUUGUUAUAACGGCCCUUUUAUUAUAUUACACACGAGAAACCGGAUUUGUUGUCCGUCCAGGUGGACUCAGGAUAUAUGAGUUGAAUAUUCCGAAGCAGGUUGCACCGACGCCAGUAAAUACAAAAUGUAUUACUUACAUGUAUCACUCCGCCGUAGACCUGCGCAGAGACAUUCAUACCGGACUAUUUGGUCCGCUUCUUGUCUGUAAACCAGGAAUCCUUUCACCUAAAGGCAAACAGAUUGGCGUUAAUCGGGAGUUCUUUUUGAACUGGAUGGUUAUAGACGAGAACCUUUCCUGGUAUAUUGACGAGAAUGUCAAUACUUUUGCUGGUGAGCCAUGGGCAGUAAACAAACAGGACAGACAAUUUAGACUGUCAAAUAACAUGAGAGCGAUAAAUGGACGUACAUUUGGUACACUCCGGGGACUAAAUAUGUGUUUAGGUGACCGUGUUUCAUGGCAUAUGUAUGGUCUUGGAGAAAGGUUCGAUCAUCAUCAUUUUAGUUUUGAGGGUAAUAACUUCCUACACGAUGGCCGAAAACUGGACACAACUUCUGUGUUUCCUGGUUAUGGACAAACAGUGACAAUGAUUCCAGAUCAGGCAGGAAGGCUAUUGCUGCGCACCGGUCAACUUGGUUAUGAAUCUGAGGGACUAUUUGCUUGGUAUGACGUAAUGGUCUGCACGGGGAAACACCCUGCUAAGAUUCCUCCACCUCGUAUUGUGCCGAUGCUUAAAGGUGUGACACGGCGGUAUUAUAUCGGCGUCAUUGAGGGUGAUUGGGAUUACUGCCCGGAGAAAAUAGAUCCAAUAAAUGGGGAAAGUCUUUUAAGUCCUGGCACAGAAGCGUACAAAUAUGUCCGAGAUGAUCCGAUGUUUGUUGGCAGUGUUUACUACAAGGCAAUAUACAGGGAAUUCACCGACGAAUCUUUCCUCCAUAUUAAAGCUAGAAGAACUGAAGAAAAACAUCUUGGGCUUUUAGGGCCAUUUAUCCGUGGCAAUGUUGGAGAUACAAUUGAAAUAGUGCUCAAGAAUUUGGCUUCUUUUCCUUACAAUAUUGUCCCACGCAAUAUUGUGUUUAAAGAUGGUUCCCCAAUAACAUCAGCUUUACCAACUAUGCCGGGGCAAAUCCGAAUAUACCGUUACUUAAUUCCAGAAAGAUCCGGGCCACUGCCGAGCCAGCCGAACUGUGUUGGAUCCUUGUACUCAUCCAGGGUAACACCAAUGAACGACACAUAUAGUGGAUUGAUGGGACCCUUGGUUAUUUGUAAACCUGGCAUCCUUGACCUUUCUGGAAGGAGAAUUGACAAGGUGACAAAAGAGUUUGCUACCGCCUUUGUUAUCCUGGACGAAAAUAAAAGUAAUUAUCGCGACUUCAAUUUUGCCACACGUGCCCCUGCACGACAGAACACCUCGAAUACUGAGUUUGUUCAGAGUAACCUUUAUCACACUAUAAACGGGUUUAUUUACGGUAAUCUGAAAGGAUUGGUAUUUAACCAGGGUGAAAAGUCAGCAUGGUAUAUUUUUGGACUGGGUUCGACCGUUGGUGUCCAUACUGUACAUUUCCACGGUCAACUUUAUUUGCGGACAGCUUCGUUAAAGUUGAAACGAGAUGUGCUAGAAAUUUUUCCGGGGACUUACGAGACUGUAGAGAUGUUGGGAUAUAACCCUGGUACUUGGCUCUACCAUUGUCACGUGAGUUUACACGCAACUGACGGUAUGAAAGCCGUCUACACUGUUUUACCCAGACCGAAUAAAGGAAAGUUUGGAAAAUAUAAAGCUUUAGGUAAAGAUUUCGGUUUUCAAACAAUACAAGACACUAAAGGCUUCCAUAAGAUCGGAUAGAGCUUGGAUGAAACAAGACUGGUUCCAUCUUGUUGUUGAUCAAAACCUGUGACAUUACUUAUAAAGGAAUACUUUUCGUUUAAAGAAGAUGCUGAUUGACAAAUAUAGUGCAGGUUCAAUGUGUGAUGUGUUUAAACCUUGGCUCAAAGAAAGUAAAGCAUAUUUUAGUGCUAUAGACAAAAAUGUCAUUAAUAUUGCUGUUUUUAAAGAAUUGAAUGUUAAUUUUCAAUUCGGCUCAAAGCGUUUUGCAUGAAAAAUGUGAAUUGCACGAUUACAUGAUACACUUGCAAUAUAGGUGUUUUAUUUCUGUAUACAGUUUUCAAGCCUUUCUUACUUUGUGAGGCUUAUGUUCCAUAUGUAUCAAGGGCUCUACCAACCACUUGUUUUCAGUUACCGGUACAGGCUUUGGCUGCCACGAGAUGACCGUGCAACGGUGUGGUCAGGGAGCCCAGAGAUGUUCAUGCAUACUAGUAUGAAAACCUGUCAAAUAACCGGCGCAUAUACUGAGAAAGACCCGACUCAUAUUAAACGUGCAAGUUAUGACGCAA